AUGUCCCCGAUCUAUCGGCUGCUGCCAACCAUCGCAACAAUUCUAUUCCUCAUCACAAUUGCCAAUUUCUUGGAGGCGCGCACCGUUCAACAUCCCGGUUUAGACGACAACUGCAAAUCGGAUAAGCUGCGGGAGUUGGUGUUGGAGACGAUUGGGAUGUACCCCCACCAAUACAGCUAUCAAGCCAAAUACCUUAAACAACAGGCCGAGGAGCGCUUUGGGAAUUGGUGGAGCGCAGUGAUCGUUAGCGAACGAGGGGGAUAUGGGAUGAGUGCUAUCUAUGAUCAGCACCGCAACACUAGCUGCGAAAUGAUGCUAUUUGACACCUACUACUGGAUUGGGCGAACUUGC